CUUGGAGUUGCGUUUCAUUUGGUUCGUUGAACAUAUAUGAACUAAAAAAAUAUUGAAAAAAUAAAGCGAAAACAUUCAGAAUCCACCUUCAUCAUGAUUGGUUCUUGUUCUUCCUCUCGACCACAACACUUGUUCUUGUUCUUGUUCUUGUUCAUCUCAUUUCUCAGCUUAUCACUUCAAUACGACGUCAAUGUAAACGGUUCGGGCUGGGAAUUCCCUUCACAUUCUUCAGCUUCAACCGGCAACUUCUCCAACAACCUCAACAGUCUUAUCUCUUCAAUCCCUUUUCUCCAUCCCAACACCUACUUGUUCUACAACCUCUCGGUCGGAGAAAUCUCAGAUCAAGAACGAGUAGAAGCCAUCGGAAUCUGCAACAGAGUAGUCCCUCGAGUAGAUUGUCGUAACUGUAUCUACGAAGCCGCAGUGAAUCUAACCACAAGGUCUCCAAACCGUAGAGAAGCUUACUUAAGGGCCACGGAUUGUAUGUUUCGUUACUCGGACAAACCCAUUUUCGGAAAACUCCAAAUGACUCCUGUAUUUGAGGCACUAAACCCGAACAAAACAACGGGUGAUAGAAACGAGUUCAUCCGGUUACAGAGCGAGUUACUGAACAGAUUCAGGGUAAUUGCGGCAGCAGGUGGAUCUAAGAGGAAGUAUUAUCAAGGAAACGGUACUGGUCCUCUGCCUAACACGACGUUCUUCGGUGCCGUGCAGUGCACGCCCGAUUUAUCUGAGAAAGAUUGUAACGACUGUCUCAUUUAUGCUUUCGGGAACGCGACGAAAGGGAGAACAGGGCUCAGGUGGUUUUGUCCGAGCUGUACUUUUCAGAUACAGACUAACUUGAUAUUCUACUAUCUCGAGUAUGAGUCUGAUCCACCAUCAGAACCAGAACCAGGUCCUUUACAUAUUUCGUUGCCAAGCGUAAACAAAUCAAAAAUAAUAAUCGCCACCGUUUGCUCUGUUAUUGGUGUUGCCAUUAUUGUUGCGUGCAUUUACUUCUUCUUGAUAAGGAAUAAAAGAAAGGAAAAACAAAGACAUGAAGAUAACAACAGGAGAACGAUAUUAGAUUGGGAAACACGUUAUAGGAUAAUCGCAGGUGUUGCUCGAGGUCUUCUUUAUCUCCAUGAAGAUUCUCGUUUCAAAGUUAUUCAUAGAGAUCUAAAAGCAAGCAAUGUUCUAUUGGACGAUGCAAUGUGUCCCAAGAUCUCGGAUUUUGGAAUGGCUAAGUUGUUUGAUACAGACCAACCAUAUCAGACUAGGUGUACAAGCAAAGUUGCAGGAACCUACGGUUACAUGGCUCCAGAAUAUGCGAUGAACGGGAAAUUCUCGGUGAAAACCGAUGUAUAUAGCUUCGGUGUACUAGUCCUUGAGAUCAUUACAGGCAAGAGAAACAAUUGGUCUCCUGAAGAACAUAGCUCAUUAUUCCUCCUUAGCUAUGUAUGGAAAAAUUGGAGAGAAGGGAAAGUGUUAAACAUGGUGGAUCCAAGUCUGAUUAAGACAAGAGGUCUUAGUGAGGAAAUAAUGAAAUGCAUUCACAUUGCUUUGUUGUGUGUUCAGGAGAAAGCAGAGAGUAGACCAACAAUGGCUACAGUUGUUCUAAUGCUCAAUGCAACUUCUUUCACUUUAUCAAGACCCUCGCAACCUGGAUUUUACCCAGGAGAUGGAGAAUCAACAAGUAGUAGUACUCCACCAACAAUGACUUUGAAUAAUGUUACAAUCACUGAGUUAGACCCUCGUUAAUUAGUGUGUAAAGAGUCAACUUCGAAAAAGUAUUCUCGGUGUGAUUCUUGAAAUCAAUUGAUGAGACCAUAAGUGUUGUUUAAGAUUUUUGAUCUCAAUUGGUAUCGGUUUCUGCAUUUGUGGUUAAUCUGGUUAUUGAAGAAACCUGAUGCAAACCAGCUGGUGUUUAUGCUAAGGUUUGGAGUUAUGUUGAUCUGUUUGGUUGCGAGAUAGAUGCAUCACAAACUUGUACUCUCUCUAAGACUUGACAAAGUUCGUAUAUAUACCUGUAAAGAUUCUCAAGUACAUUAUAUAACCAAUUGACAAAAAAUAGCUAUUCA